ACCAAGGAGGUAUGCUGUCAACUUCACUUCAUGUUUAUGAGCAUUGCCGCAUGAAGUAAGGUAUUAAGGCACGCAUCCUUCCAGGAUAGCUCCAAGGGACCUAUCAAUUUCUGGAAUCUUGUCUUAGGAACUAGCAAAGUCCUAAUACAAAGAGGAAAAGUACUCAUGGCAAAUUUUUAAUUCCAGUUACGAGGCUCUUUAUAGAAGUCAUUGCUUGCUAGCAGGAAGAUUUGUUAAAAGAGAAGCAAAAGCAAACCUCUGUUAACCCCAAUAUACAGCUUUCUUGAAGAACUACAUCAUCAUAAUACAUUAGUACCACAUCUACCAUCACAAGAACCUACAAAAAUGUUAUCCUCUCUAAAGAGCCAAGAUACAUCGAAAGUUUUCACCACGCUGGCUUCUAUUGCCGCUUCUGCAAUUCUUGUCCGAACCAUUUACGAGGUCCGAAGACACUUCUUCACCUCCAACUACAAAUCUUCUCCCUAUUUCUCUCGUCGAAAGACUAUCAUUAUAGAGGAACACAAAGAGGACGACUUGCUUAACAAAGAAUUUCAGGCUGUUGAUACAUAUUUGGUCAAUGAAGUCAGCUCCUCUGUAAGCAGACUAAAAGUGAGAAAGGAUGAGGAUAUGAAGAGAUUGGUAACCAACUUGGAGAUAAAUGAAGAGAUGAUAUUUUUAAGAACGUGGAAGCAAGAUGGAGAUUGAUUUUAAAACAUGAAAUGUCGGAUCAAGGUAGACAUGCAAAAUAUAUGAAAUCUUAUGAGCUAACUUUCAACAAGAAACAUGAACAGAUGGUGUUGAAUUCAUAGUUGCCAUACAUUAUGAGCGAGGCAAGGCUAUUAGAGAAGAAAGUAAGGUAAUCAAGCUAUAUCCAGUGGACUUUGCAUCUGGAGUCUCAGAAUAUACCUUCAAUUUUGAUCACCCAAUUACCUUUGAGACCCUUGCAGUUGAUUCGGAGCUUAAGAAAGCAGUAUUGGAUGAUUUGAACACCUUCAUGAACGCAGAGGAAUAUUACAGAAAUUCUAGCAAAAAAUGGAAACGUUGUUACUUGAUAUACGGUCCUCCUGGCACCGGCAAGUCAAGCUUGACCGCAGCAAUGGCUAAUCACUUAAAAUAUGACAUCUAUGACUUGGAUGUAUCAGAAUUCGACAACAAUCCAGAUUAUUUAGAGCGCUGGUUGAUCCCUGGACUGCCCAGUCGAACUGUAGUCGUAGUUGAGGAUAUAGACUGCACUAUCAAGCCACAAAACCAAGGUGAAAAAAAGGUAAAGGUCUCGGAUAUACUUAAACAACUUCGGUUGUGCGCUGGAGAUGGACAGAUUGUUGUUUUCACAACCAAUCACAUAGACAUGCUCGACCCAGAAUUGUUGACUCCUGAUCUGAUGAACAUGCACAUUCACAUGCCAUAUUGCACCAUUUCUGCUUUCAACCAAAUAGCUUUCAACUAUUUCAAUAUUUCCCAUCACAUACUCUUCGAGGAGAUUGAAGGUCUUAUAAAGAAGGUUGGAGUUACUCUUGCAGAAAUUUCAGGAGAGCUUCUGAAGAGUAGCGAUGCUGAAGUUUCCCUCCAAGGCCUAAUCAAAUUUCUUCACAACAAGAUUGCUGAAUAUGACAAGUUCAAAGCUUAGAAUCAGUUAUGGGCAUUGAAGCACAAAAGUAGAGGAGUUGUUGUUAAUUAACUUGCUCUUCUCAUACAUGUAAUCAACUACCAUAUGAUGUUAUAUCAACCUUUAGGUUGGAAGAUCACUCAAAACUUCCCUAAACUUUUUGUGCCAUAUUAGAUUACAUUGAUUAUCCAAUUCGUGAGUAUCUUCGAUAGUCUAUAUAGAUGCUAGCUGUUGACAUCAAGUUGGGAUAGUUGGCCAUAAACAACCCAAUGAGAGUCUAUUAAGCACUAAUUUUGAAGGCGGGUUCAUUAUCCAUGGUUAAUGCUUAAGCCCAGAAUCCAAAGGGUAAUGGAUCUUCUUCUUUUUUUUCCUUUCUUUGA